CUAUAUAACCCAGCCGUUCCGCUUAUUGAACCAAGUUAAGCCAAGUUUUCCUGCGCCUAGAAAAGAAGCUCUUGCGCCGAGCCCAGUGGGCGGCAAGCUACCGACAUGAGGAUUCGCCCGAGAUGCGCGGUUGCACUAGUGCUGCUACUGCAAGCCGUUCUUGUGGCGAGCAAGGCAUUGGAUCAAACUCAGCUGCAGCAACAGACACAGCAACAAACCCCUUAUGGAACAGCAGUGGCACAAAAGCGAUACGGUGAUGGUGGCGAUUUUGGAGGAUACGACGAGCACGCCCAGCCGAUCCACCACGAGGAGCACCACGAAGUGGAGCACCACGAGGAGCAUCACGACGACCAUCAUGACCACCACGAUCCAGGAUACUGGAAGAAGAAGUUGACCUGGAAGCUGGGCUGGAAGAAGAUCUGGAAACCGGCUCAAAAACAGAUAUGGAAACCGGCGUGGAAGAAGAUCUGGAAGCCGAUAUGGGAGCCGACCAAGCGAGCAGUGUGGAAGGAGAUUCAGGUCCCGGCCUGGAAAAAGAUUUGGAAGCCAGUGUGGAAGGAGAUCCAGGUCCCGGUGUGGAAGGAGAUCCAAGUGCCGGCCUGGAAGAAGGUUUGGAAACCGAUUUGGAAGCCGAUAAAAGUGCCGGCUUGGAAGGAGAUCCAAGUCCCUGACUGGAAGAAGAUAUGGAAGCCGGUCUGGAAGGAGAUCCAGGUUCCGGCCUGGAAGGAGAUCCAAGUACCGGCAUGGAAGAAGAUCUGGGUCCCGGAGUGGGUGAAGGUCGGAAUCCCCGGAGAGCAUUACCACGGCACUGACCACCACGGCUGGCAGUACACGAGCCACGAUCUCUGGAAGAAGAAGCUUGUCUGGAAGCCGCUCUGGAAGAAGUACUGGAAACCGGCCAAGAAGCAGAUCUGGAUACCGGACAAGAAGCUGGAAUGGAAGGAGGCCUGGAAGCAAGUAUGGAAGCCGGCUAAGAAACAGAUAUGGAUCGACGACAAGAAGCUCGCUUGGAAGGAGGAGUGGAAGCAGAUUUGGAGGCCUGACAAGAAGCUGACCUGGGUUCCGGACAAGAAACUCGAAUGGAAGGAGGCCUGGAAGCAGAUAUGGAGACCGGACAAGAAGCUCGAGUGGAUACCGGACAAGAAACUCGCAUGGAAGGAAGCCUGGAAACAGAUCUGGGUCCCGGAUUGGAAACAAAUCUGGGUACCGGGUUGGAAGAAGAUAUGGAAGCCGGUCUGGAUAUCCGAGUGGUUCCCGAGUGAGGACCACCACGAUCACCAUCAUCACGACGACCACGGCCAUGGUUGGGCGGACAGGAAAGACACCCAGGGGCAAAAUGCCCGAACAAUUCCUCUCAGUCCUCAGCAGUUCGGCGCUCAGGCUGGACACCAGCAACAGCAGCUGACUGAUCAGAACAAAGUGAGGUGGGAUCGAUCGCUCGGAAACUCGCAGCUCCAGGCAUCGGUAGGGAGCCAGAGAUCAUCGAAUCAGAACGGCGGUCAAGGCCUGAAAUUCCCCAGUCGUUGAAUCCUCUCAAGUAUAUGUUUAAUGUGUACAAAUCAAACGUAAUCACAUAAGAAGCCACUGUAUAUAUUAAUAUUAGGUCGAUUAAUUAAGGUACCGCUCGAGCGUUUGCUGCUACUUGACUGAUGCACCCCUGAGUAGAUAUUACAUAUACAUAUAUAUAUAUAUGUAUAUACAUGUGUGUAUACUAAGGUUUUGUUUUAGUUGUGCGUUAAUUUUUGAUACUGUUGUUGUUAUCAUUAUUGUUAACUAAUUUCACUCACGAAUAAAGAUAUAUGAUUAUCUCGUUAAA